AUGGUUAAAAAAAAUUUAGAAAAUGUUCAACUUUUAGUUGAUGUCGAUACCAAACCUCAAUUCUCUCCAAGCACCACUACCGUUGCCGAUAUCUUGACUAAAGAUGCUUUGGAAUUUGUCGUUCUAUUGCAUAGAACUUUCAACAAGACCAGAUUACAAUUACUAGAGAACAGACAAAUUGUUCAACAAAAGAUCGAUUCCGGCGAAUACGAAUUCAAUUUCUUGAAGGAAACAGAAGCUAUCAGAAAUGAUCCUACUUGGCAGGGACCCCCAUUAGCCCCAGGUUUGAUUGAUCGUUCCACUGAAAUCACUGGGCCACCUUUGAGAAAUAUGUUGGUGAACGCCUUGAACUCGGAUGUGAAGACGUACAUGACCGAUUUUGAAGAUUCUGCUUCCCCAACUUGGGUCAAUGUCAUUUACGGUCAAGUGAACUUGUAUGACGCUAUUCGUGAUCAAAUUGAUUUUGUCACUCCAAGAAAAGAGUACAAGUUGCGUGGUAAGAUCGCUGAUUUGCCAACGUUGAUUGUUAGACCAAGAGGCUGGCACAUGGUUGAUAACCAUAUCUUGGUGGAUGGCGAACCAAUCAGUGCUUCUAUCUUAGAUUUCGGUUUGUACUUCUAUCAUAACGCUAAGAAGUUGAUUGAAAUUGGUAAAGGCCCAUACUUCUAUUUACCAAAAAUGGAACACCAUCUAGAGGCCAAGUUGUGGAAUGACGUUUUCCAAGUAGCCCAGGAUUCCUUGGCCAUUCCUCGUGGUACCAUUAGAGCUACUGUGUUGAUCGAAACUUUACCAGCUGCUUUCCAAAUGGAAGAAAUCAUUUGGCAAUUGAGACAACAUUCUUCUGGUUUGAACUGUGGUCGUUGGGAUUAUAUCUUCUCUACUAUCAAGAGAUUAAGAAACAAGCCAGAGCAUGUAUUGCCAAACAGAGAUCAAGUCACUAUGACCUCUCCAUUUAUGAACGCAUACGUCAAGAGAUUGAUCAAGAUUUGUCACGGACGUGGUGUUCACGCUAUGGGUGGUAUGGCUGCUCAAAUUCCAAUCAAGGAUAACGAGGAAGCAAACAACGCUGCUAUGACCAAGGUCCGUAACGAUAAGAUUAGAGAAUUGACUAACGGUCACGAUGGUUCCUGGGUUGCUCACCCAGCUCUUGCUGCCAUCUGUAACGAAGUUUUCGCCGAAAUGGGUACUCCAAACCAAAUCUAUUUUGUGCCAGAAACUUCUGUCGCUGCCUCAGACUUGUUAAACACUAACAUCGAAGGUGGUGAAAUUACUACUGCCGGUAUCAAGCAAAACUUAGACAUUGGUUUGCAAUAUAUGGAGGCUUGGUUGAGAGGAAGUGGUUGUGUUCCAAUCAAUAACUUGAUGGAAGACGCUGCCACCGCUGAAGUGUCCCGUUGUCAGCUACACCAAUGGGUCAAGCAUAAGAUUGUGUUAAAGGAUACUGGUAAACAAGUCACUCCUGCACUUGCUAAGGAAAUUCUUUACCAACAAGCUAAAGAACUAGCUGCCAAGUCUCCUGUUGGUGAUGCUAACAAGUUCGAGCUAGCUGCUACAUACUUCGAACCUGAAAUCACCGGUGAAAAAUUCAGCGAAUUUUUAACUACACUAUUGUACGAAGAGAUCAUCACUGUAAACUCUACUCCAUACGACUUGUCCAAAUUGAAAUGA